CGCCAACCGCCAAGGCCGCAUCCGGCAUCUUCCCCCCUCCCCUCCAACUCGUUGACUCAGGCUUCCUCCUCCAAAACGCCCCACGCCCACCCCCACCCGCACCCCCACCCUCAUCCGUCCCUCCGCUGCUCUCAAAACUAUAAUCCAAGCACACCGACAUCCCAAGAAACCCUAAUCGGAGCGCCACGGCUCGGCAACGCAACGAGCUUCGAAAGUUUCGAUUUUCAGGUCGAAAUUGGUACCUUUGGUUUGUCGAGAGUUCAAGAUUACUUCAAGAAAAGGGCGUCCCUGGUGAUCUUUUUAUGCCCCUUUUCUUUUCUUUCGGUUGGAAGAGGAGAUGCUGCGGGGCGGAGGAGCCAACGGCGGGCUAGGUGGUGGGAGAUGCCUGCCGCCGGCAAUCGUGGCGGUCGUCGCCGUUCUUGCUGUCGUUGAUGGGGCCAUUGCCAUCUUGGCCUUCUUGCAGUUAUUGAGAAUUCACUUACGCAAUCGACAACUUGGCUGGACUCGCCAAAAGAUUUUCCAUCUCAUGAUUGGGUCAUACAACUUAGGUUACUUAACAUAUUUCAUAUUUACUCUUUUUGCUACUUGUUGGGAUUGGGGGUGCUGGUCACAUGGUUGUGGGUUUAUCUUGAUGGCCUGUCCUAAUAUUUUGUUUCUAGCUGCAUUCCUUCUACUUCUGUCAUUUUGGGCCGACCUGUGCCAUCAGGCAAAUGAUGAAGAUGAAGAAGAUGAUGAAAGUAGCUAUAAUGAAGCUUUGUUGGAAAGGUCAAAGACUAAGACGAGUUCAUUACAAACAGAUGGUCGUAGGAGAUGUUGCUCUUUCCGGACUACACAUGUUGGAAGCCGACAGAAGUUUGUGAUCUUGGUGAUUGCGCUGAUGUUUGUUUUUAUGAUUGCUUUUGCUCUCCUGAUUUGGGUUGGUAGAGCCAACAAUCCUAUUGAUUCUUCACUCAUGGCUAGGGUCUAUUUGGGCAUCUUUUCUGUGGCCAUCCUUCUACUGGGUUGUGCUUUGGCAUGCUAUGGACUACUGCUAUUCUCCAAAAUGAGCAACAUACGAUCUGAGAUGGCCUCAACGGAAAUGUGGAAGGUUGCAAGUUUGGCAGCUAUCACUCUCAUAUGUUUCACAUCAUCUGCUGUGCUAGCCCUUGUUACUAAUAUUCCUUUGCAGCUGCUUUCUUAUUGGCAUUCAGCACAUAUGGACAGCAUAAGCAGUUCAAUUCUAAUAUUUCUUUAUUACUUUAUAGGUUCAUCAGUGCCAUCAGGUUUUGUAUUGUGGGUCAUGAGAGAACUGCCUACUCAGCAGGCAGCUGAUAGACCAGAAGAAUCAAGAGUAGUGACAUUUGUCAGGGAAAGUCCGAUAGAUACCCAUAAUCUUCAGUGGAGGACUGCUGUCACGUCAUCACAGAAUAAGGCUCUCAAAGCAAGCCCCAUAUAACAACCUUGUGACCUCAUAAUUCGUAGCUGAUUUACAUGCGAACAGAGCAUUUCAGUUGAAGCUGCAACUAUCUGAACCAACAGAACAAGGGUGGUGAUUAGGCAUCGCACCAUUGCUCACUGCUUCCAUGCGGAUUGAUCACAAUGAUAUGGUAACAGGAGGGCAGAAGUAAUCAAGGAAUCAUCUACACCUUAUAAGCCGGAAUGCGAAUAACUGUAAUAUGUUGGCUGGCCCUGCAAGCAGGUUCUUGGUCAUCAAUUGACCAAGAACCAUUUUGGCGGAUGUUAUGUUGAACGCAACUUAAUAAUGUGUUUGAUCAAUAGCUCUUUUUUCCAAUUUUAGAUGUGAUCUAAUGUGCUAAUUUCAGUAUGUCACUCUGUUGAAAAUGUCGAGUUCACUGACUUCGGACUGCUUGAUUUGAGCCUGUGAUGUAAAACAGACCUAUUAUGAAGCUAGCUAACUUUAGAAA